CUGGGUAGCGUUGCCUGGUUACCGUUGCUAUGGAGGGCCUAGCGCCCCCUCGCCGCUCUCUCGCCCCGACAAAGCUUUGAUUUGCGGAGAUGGUGAAGCAAACGAUCCAGAUCUACGCCCGGGUCAAGCCCCUCGGCAGGAGGCAGCCGCCGGGGAUAUAUUCAGUUGAAGAAGAUGAGGCAUCAGCAUUCAGUUUGGAGAUUAUUGUGCCACGUGAUUUGGCAGAUGGAUUUGUCAAUAACAAACGAGAAAGCUACAAAUUUAAAUUUCAGAAAGUUUUUGAUCAGGAAUCAAAACAGGAUGAAAUUUUUGAAGCCAUUGCCAAGCCGGUUGCGGAGUGUGCUCUAGCUGGCUAUAAUGGCACCAUAUUUGCUUACGGACAGACGGGCAGCGGCAAGACCUUUACCAUAACAGGAGGAGCAGAACGUUACAGUGAUAGGGGCAUAAUUCCACGGACACUAUCUUACAUAUUUCAGCAGUUGCAGAAGGAUAGCAGCAAAGUAUACACAACACAUAUUUCCUACUUAGAAAUUUAUAAUGAGUGUGGUUAUGAUCUGUUGGACCCACGACAUGAAGCCUCCAAACUAGAAGAUUUGCCAAAGGUGACAAUAAUGGAAGAUCCUGAUCAGAACAUUCAUCUGAAACAUCUCUCUUUGCAGCAAGCAACCAAUGAGGAGGAAGCACUGAACCUUCUUUUCUUAGGAGACACUAACAGGAUGAUUGCAGAGACUCCAAUGAAUCAAGCCUCCACUCGUUCACAUUGUAUUUUCACCAUUCACAUCUCAAGCAAAGAGCCAGGUUCUGCAACCAUUCGACGCUCCAAACUACAUUUAGUGGAUCUGGCUGGUUCAGAGCGUGUUGCAAAGACUGGAGUUGGAGGCCAGUUGCUGACAGAAGCCAAAUAUAUCAAUCUGUCAUUACAUUACUUGGAACAGGUAAUCAUUGCUCUGUCGGAGAAGAAUAGGUCUCAUAUUCCCUACAGGAAUUCUAUGAUGACCUCGGUGCUAAGAGACAGCCUAGGAGGGAACUGUAUGACCACAAUGAUUGCCACGCUCUCAAUAGACAAAAGGAACAUAGAUGAAUCAAUAUCGACUUGUAGAUUUGCUCAGCGAGUUGCCCUUAUUAAGAAUGAAGCCAUUCUAAAUGAAGAAAUUGACCCCAGACUGAUAAUAGCACGACUAAAGAAGGAAGUUCAGGACCUAAGAAAUGAACUGGCCAUGGUGACUGGGGAACAAAGGCAAGAAGAACUGACAGAGGAAGAGCUACAACAGGUAGACGAACAGAUUAAAAGUUUUUUGGAAGAUAUGGAUCCUGAGAGCACAUUGGAGUUAGGAGCUGAUAUGCGGAAGAUCAAACACUCUUUCAACCAUUUAAAGAGAUUGGUUAAUAAUGCAAAGUUACCUAACAACCAUCUGCUUGCAUCAGACACUAAUAAUUCAAUUGGAUAUGAAGAGUUGAAGAAGUUGAAGGAUCUUCUGCAGCAACGAGACAAUGAAAUCAAUAUUUUAGUAAAUAUGUUAAAGAAGGAAAAAAAGAAAGUGCAAGAUGCUCUUCUCCAACUCAGUGCUUCUCCCAAGGAGAUCACAACCUCAGAAAGUGAGAUGUUUUCUGUCCCUUUGGAAAAUAGAUCCAGUUUACUUCACAGGAACACAGGAGUGAGAGGAGAAAUGUCACUUGGACGUAAGGAAGCCUUUGAAAUUUUCAAGAGAGAUUAUGCUGAUAGCAUAACCAUUGAAGACAAUAAGCAGCUCCUUAAGCAAAGGUUUGCUGAAGCAAAAUCUUUGGGAGAAAAAGUAAAUGAAAUAAGAAACAAAAUCAAUCAUUUGAAAGAGGAGAUAACCCAGCGGCACAUGCAGAAAGCAGCUCAAGCUGUUGUCAGUCCUCGACAAAUGAAUGAGCCUGACCCAAUAGAAGAGACACUUCGGACACAAAUGGAACGGGAGAAGAAAAGUUACAAAACAAUGUUUACACACUUGAAAGGAAUGAAGAUAGAGAUUGAGCACUUGCAGCUACUUAUGGAAAAAGCCAAGGUGAAGUUGCAAAAAGACUUUGAAAUUUGGUGGUCUGAGGAGGCGAGAAACUUGCAGGACGAGAAGCCACUUCUGCAAAAUUCAACCAGUGUAGUAAAGAUUCCUCCCUCGCUUCUUGAAGCCCAACCACAUUCAUACGGUACCAGGGUUCCAAAUAACAGCAGAGCCAGCUUCAAUGAAGAGCAAUCUGUGAAGAGCAGUGGGAGCAGACUGAGUAACUCGCCCUCAAAAGCAAGGAUUUCACCGGUACAAAGUUCAUCUAUCUCCUUCACAGGAGACCACCAAACAGAUGCUGACAUUCUAGCUUUCAUUCGGGCCAGGCAGAAUCUCAUACAAAAGAAAGGAUUGGGAAACAAAUGAAUUUUGUCAUACAGCAAGCUGCCAUUUCAAAAUAAAAACUAGCAGUGCAGAGCUACUGCAACACCAAAUGAAUGGACCUUUGAGCUGCAGCUGAAUUUACAGGAGGCAAAAAACAUUGGUUUUGUCCAAGGAAUAACAUGACAAGACGUAAGCAACUGGAGAGGAUAUCCUAGCUUAUGCUAUGGGGAAUUGGAUGGCCAUUUUAUGUAGCUUGUAAAGGUUUCGAUUAUUUAGAAAUUCUAAGAACACUUUUCCAUGCCUCGCACAAGCAGAAGAACUCUUUGCCUGGGAUAUUUAUUUAUUUUUAUCCCUGGGAAUUUUAUGAAAGAGUUGCCCAGUUCUCCGCAGGUUGGAUUUGUACAUCAUGUUAGGGUUUGGGUUUUUUUCUUGGCUUUGGUUUGCUUUGGCUCAGUAGCACUGUGCAAAACACAGCAAUUAUUUUUAUCCCUCAUAAUUUUAUUUAGAGCUGUCAAUUUAAUGCCAACAAACUUUUUUAAAAAAUUGUGAAAAGCCAACUUUCAUAUAUUUAGAUAUUAUGGAUUUUAUUGCUAAAUCCGAACUUCAUUAUAAAAGGAAAUUUUCAUAGCUGUAUUUGCAAAAGAAUGAGGUUGUUAGUUAAACUGUAGUCCACGGAGUCCUAGUUUGUCAAGUUGAGAGCUCUGUGUUUUUAAACUGCUGGAUUAUUUUUCCAAAUCUGUUUUUGCUUUUUUGCAUAUAGGAUUUUCAUUAUUGCCCUUGAGAUGCUAAGAACCUGUAUGUUUGUGGACCCUCUUCCCCUCUAUUUUUGGAUAAUGUAUUAUCAUCAACUAUUGUUGGAAACGUUUGUGCUCUAAAAUCAGUUUCUGUUCAGGGCUUUGCUGAACGAUGACUGCCAUAUAUCAGAACAUAAUAUGUUACUAAAUACAGAAAGACCACCAAAAAAUAUCACUUGACACAAGCUGAGAAUUAAUCAAUGUGUAAAGGAAAAUUGUAAUGUUUAGCCUGAAUUUCUCCUCUUUAUGUCAGUAAAAUCAACAUUCUAAAACUUCUAGACAAGGAGCUUUA